GUGUGUGUAUGGAACAUUUCUGGGAUCUUUUAUUUCAGUUAAUGAAACAUGGGACCAACACUUUACAUGUUGCGUUUAUAUUUCUGUUCAGUAUAACAUGCUCAGCUGUCUAAUGGAAGGUAUAUAGGCUAAGAGUUAUUUGUGGUCAACAAAUAAAUGUUUAUAUUGAUAGUUUUGGUAUAGAAUGUUUAGAAUAUGGUCCAUAAUCAAUAUGCAUUGAUUCAAAUAAUCAAUUUGAAUUGUGUAUCCAGGUCAUAUCAAACAAUUCCUCAUAGUCUACUGUAAAUGGCUUUUGAAUAUAUACUGUGCGCCCAAGUGUUUUCAGCUACAAACAUGCGCUAAUGCUUUGUGAAACGAUGAGAUUUCUGGUGCAGCGUGUUGGGGGUUUCGCGCAGUGUCAGUGUCACUACAUUACCGCUUGCAUGCAUCUAUUGAAAGAACGGAUUGCAAUGUCAAUCGGAGGAAUGCGCUGAUCUCGGGAACUAUAGAGCAGACACAGGAGGGCCUGAAUUAGCCUCAUCGAUGAGCCAAACUGAGAUGGAGAUGUCUGCGGGUCCAGCGGAGGGCACGCAGAGGACUGGUACGGUGAAGAGGAAGAUGUGGGGGGGCCUGAGGCAGCAGUGGAAGCUACUGGGCCUGUUUGAGAUCGACCAGCAGCACGAUUUCUACAGCCUCACCUCUAUAAUGAAAGAAGGCCUCUCUGCAGCCGUGCAGAACACCAUCGACAACCCACCACCGGAUGAAUUGUCGGAAGAUGACUACAGAUUGGAGGUCACUCAAAUACAUAAGGCCUUCAGAAUGGAGACGUUUGCAGGGCCAGUGUUUGCCAGCUUGCGUCGCUCCCUGGGGAUGACAGAAAAGGAGUAUCAGCACUCUCUCUCCAACGACGGUUCCUACCUGCAGUUCAUCAGCAACUCCAAAAGCAAGGCCGACUUCUUUCUCACGAACGAUAAGCGGUUCUUUCUGAAGACCCAGAACAAGAGAGAGGUGCAAUUCCUCCUGUCCAACCUAAGAAUCUACAUGGAGCACCUAGAGAAGUAUCCUCAUUCACUGCUGGUCAAGUUCUUAGGUGUCCACAGGAUCAAAAUUCCACAUAGGAGGAAGAAGUACUUUAUUGUAAUGCAGAGUGUUUUUUACCCUGACGAUCGAAUAAAUGCCAGGUAUGACAUCAAGGGUUGUGAGGUGAGCCGGUGGACAGACCCAGCUCCAGAGGGAAGUCAGGUUAUCGUUGUUCUCAAGGACUUGAACUUCGAGGGCCAGUACAUCACUUUGGACCAGCACCGUCCAUGGCUGCUCCGGCAGGUGGAGAUUGACACGUCGUUCCUGCAGACACUCAACGUGCUGGACUACAGCCUCCUGGUGGCUCAUCAGCCCCUGCACCAGGAUGAACGCCACCAGUGCCUGUCCUUCGCCACCCUUAUCAUGCGCACUAAAAAGUCAGUGAUCACAUGCUCAAGCCCCACCCAUGCGGGUAUGCCCACUGUUCCGGGGGCGGUCCCAGAGGAAGAUUCCGCCCUGUUAGUAUCAGAGAUGGACAGCGGGACAGGAAGUUGCAGCGUUACUGAUUCACGGGUAGGAAGUGACCUGGGCAGUGCCCCUUCCGGGAGACCCUGUACUGAGCAGCCGGUGGGAACGGUCACGGAUUCGAUGGAACUGCGAGACUUCCAGGCCCAGAACCGCCGGCUGCUGCCCAACUUCAGAAACCCGCUGCACGUCAUUGACGGACCGGAGCAUCGCUACUUUGUGGGCAUCAUCGACAUCUUCACUGUCUACAGCUUCAAGAAGAGGCUGGAGCAUUGGUGGAAGAGACUGCGGCACCCAGGGCAGGCCUUCUCCACCGUCAGCCCCCCCGCUUACUGCCAUAGGCUCUGCCAGUGGGUACAGGACCACACCAGGUAGACUCAGAAAGAGGGGAGGAUGAGGAUGGUUACUCCCACUAGCACGCUGUCUGCCCAGGGACACCCACGCACGCAAAUACACACACAAAGACUAGCAACUGUGACGCUGUUCAGAGACAUAAAGCUAUUCUUUUAAAGCACUGUAAUUUCAGAUUGACCAAGAGUCAGUUAUUUUCAUGUUUCCACAUGUCCAGACCAAAGCCAAAACGAACAUAAACCAUUAUAUGGAAAUAUAUUAUUCACCACAGCGGAUAAAUGGGUUCUCCCUCUUCAUAUUCUUUAAUUUUUUUAAGUAACAAAGAAAAAGGUGCAACAUUUAAAAUCUAGUGCUAUGAAUUGAUUAGCUGAUUUUCCAAAGUAUAAUAGUUUUUGAAUUGUUGAAGUUUAGUUCGUGAAUCAAUAAUGAAAACCAAAAUUAUUUUUCAAAUUUGCCAUCUGUUUAAAAAAACAGUUUUUUUUUACGUUUGACUCCUAUGGAUUUUUUUUCUCCUAAUUUAACUUUGACGUUUUGAUCAAUGUUGUAUAUGUUGUAUGUUUUGUGCCUUUCUUACGCAGUUCUCAGUAGUUGGUAUUCAGACUUACUUAUGCAGGUGCGUAACGGGCUUUGCAGUCGUGGUUCACUUGCGCGCGCGCUGAAAACAUACACCUUUAAAUACAGUGUACCUUUAAUUUUGACGACAUUAACUAGAUUGGGUUCAGAAUAUAAGGAUCAAUGAAUGAAACCCAUCUAAAGAUAUGCAUAUUCGUGUCCAUUUCAGGACCAACUAGUCGACCAACUAGUUUAUUUAGGCACAUUUUGGGUUAAGAAAGCAGGGUUUGGAGAGCUUUUACACACUAAAUGCAGUGCAUUCGGAAAGUAUUCAGACCCCUUGACUUUUUCCACAUUUUGUUACAUUACAGCCUUAUUCUAAAACGGAUAAAACAAUCUACACACAAUACCCCAUUAAGGGGUGGCAGCCCCUAGGGUAGCCUAGUGAUUAGAGUGUUGGACUAGAAACUGAAAGGUUGCAAGAUCAAAUCCCAGAGCUGACAAGGUACGAAUCUGUCGUUCUGCCCCUGAACAAGGUAGUUAACCUACUGUUCCUAGGCUGUCUUUGAAAAUAAGAAUUUGUUCUUAACUGACUUGCCUAGUGAAAUAAAGGUAUGACAUAAAUAAUGACAAAGCAAAAACAGGUUUUUAGACAAAAUGUUUUUUGCAAAAUGUCAACAAAAAACACCUGAAAUAUUUACAUAAGUAUUCAGACCUUUUACUCAGUACUAUGUUGAAGCUCCUUUGGCAGCGAUUACAGCCUCGACUUUUCUUGAGUAUGACGCUACAAGCUUGGCACAUAUGUAUUUGGGGAGUUUCUCCCAUUUGUUCUCUGUAGAUCAUCUCAAGCUCUGGAUGGGGAGUGUUGAGGCACAGCUAUUUUCAGGUCUCUCCAGAGAAGUCCGGGCUCUGGCUGGGCCACUCAAGGACUUUCAGAGACUUAUCCCGAAGCCACUACAGCAUUGCCUUGGCUGUGUGCUUAGGGUCGUUGUCCUGUUGGAAGGGGAAACGUCACCCCCAGUCUGAGGUCCUGAGCGCUCUGGAGCAGGUUUUCAUAAAGGAUCUCUUUACUUUGGUCCGUUCAUCUUUCCCUCCAUCCAGACUAGUCUCCCAGUCCCUGCCGUUGAAAAAUAUUCCGACAGCAUGAUGCUGCCACCACCAUGCUUCACCAUAGGGAUGGUGCCAGGUUUCCUCCAGACGUGACGCUUGGCAUUCAGGCCACCGUUCCUAGGCCGUCAUUGAAAAUAAGAAUUUGUUCUUAACUGACUUGCCUAGUUAAAUAAAGGUUAAAAAAAUAAAAAUAAAGAUUGAUCAGCGAAAAUGUUAAUUGAAUCCAUUUUAGAAUAAGGCUGUAACAAAAUGUGGAAAAUGUCCAGGAGUCUGAAUACAUUCUGAAUGCACUGUAUAUUGAUGGAUAAAAAAAACAGUGGUUUGAUUCAUCGUGAAAGUUUAAGUUCAACCCAUGAAAUAUUGGAAGGUGUAAAAAAAAAAAGGUGUACAAUAGGGGUUGAACAAUAGUCCUAUAUAUCUACACUAUCAUCACUAAUCGUGGAACUGUAUGACAAUGGUCCAGUCAUGGUAGACCGUGCACCAGGCUACAGGUUUAACCUGCUACGAGUGGCCUGAGUUCCAUAAUGAUUCAAAUGUUCCAAAUUAUGGCACAGUGUUAGCCUAAUAUAAUCCACUAAUGCUAGCGACCCUCAGGAACAACUACACGGACGUGACAGAGGAAAGAAAGGUCAACGGAAUGGAAUGCUGCAAAAUGUAGGAAAUUGACAGUUAGAAAUGUUGUGGGUAUUAUGGAUGAUGGCUCCCAAUUGUGGCUAAUAUUUAACUCGAUACAAAUUGUAAACCAAAACGUAGAAAAGCGCGGGCAAAGAAUUACAUCUAGAAUCAUAAACCAAUUCGGUAGGUUGGGUGCUAUACUGUCAUUUGCUCAUUUGCUAUAAAAACCUAUACUAAAGCUUGGGUCUCUGUACUUAAUUCCUGCAAGUUAUAAGGCCAUCAUUUUAUAAACUUCACUAUGUAAAAGUUGAUAUGCUUCAGUUUGCUGCCAUGACUGGUUUCCCAUUUGUCUCCAGCGAUCAUAAUAAGAUAAUAUAGAUCUAAAACAAGUGUCAUUUAUAUUUACAAUCCCCUUAUCCAAAUGGUUAACUCAUUUACUUACCUCUGAUCAAUAGCUCUUAUCAAUUUCUAAAUUACAGUGCAUGGAGAAUGCUGUUAUUUCAUUCGCAAAAAGAAAGUAAAUGCUUUUUCCACUUGGAACAGGCAGGUUUGCUCGACCUUAUUCAUGGUUUCCUCCCGCAUAAAGGUGGUGAAAUUAUGAGUUGAGUUAAGUCAAGCUCAGAAUAUGGCAUAUCUGUAGACAUACCUCCGCCACACCUUCAUUUCUUAGAUCUGCACCCUGAACGAAUAGCGGGUGAAUGGCAUGCUAUUCUCAUGCUUAAGGGGAUACCUUGGGAUUAUCUACUUGCCCAGAGUCAGAUGAACUCUGUAUCUAGUACGGAAGUUAGAGGUCAUUUUGUGAGCCAAUGCUAACUAGUUUUAGUGCAAUGACUAGAAGUACAGUAAAGGGCGGCAGCGUAGCCUAGUGGUUAGAGUGUUGGACUAGUAACCGGAAGGUUGCGAGUUCAAACCCCCGAGCUGACAAGGUACAAAUCUGUCGUUCUGCCCCUGAACAGGCAGUUAACCCACUGUUCCCAGGCCGUCAUUGAAAAUAAGAAUGUGUUCUUAACUGACUUGCCUGGUUAAAUAAAGGUAAAAUAAAAAAAUUAAAACAAUAUGGGUAUCUACUAGCAUGCUAGCAGAUACCUAUAGACUUCCAGUCAUUGCGCUAAUGCUAGUUAGCAAUUGCACUAGCGCUAGUUAGUAACUUCCUUCAAACUGCACCAUUGCCAAAAUUCCGAAGUAUCCCUUUAAGUUCAAUGUCAGAAUACAUAUAGAGAGAAAAAUGCAAAUGGUUCCAUUUACGCGCGUAUAACUCUGGUCAGAAUUCCGCCCCCAAGUGAAUGUACACUCCUGAUAAAACGGUGCAUGACUGUGGUUCUGCAGUAUAUUGUUUAUUUAUUUAUUUAUUUAUUCUUUAUGCAGUUAUGGCAAGGUCAGCAUAAAGGGGUAAUGUUUCAAAAUGCCGACAAACAGCUAUCAUUUUAUACGACUGCCUAGUGGCGCAGCGGUCUAAGGCACUGCAUCUCAGUGCAAGAGGCGUCACUACAGUCCCUGUUUUGAAUCCAGGCUCUAUCACAUCCAGCCGUGAUGGGAGUCAUGGAGGGCGGCAUAAUUGGCUCAGCGUCGUCCGGGUUUGACUGGGGUAGGCCAUCAUUGUAAGUAAGAAUUUGUUCUUAACUGACAUGCCUAGUUAAAUAAAAUAAAUAAAUACAAAUUGUUAUUCUGAUGGUUUUUACGAUUUAGCUUAUUUUUGACUUACCUGAACUUGGGACAACCUAGGUAAGUUGAAAAUAAGCUAAAACUUGUGAACUAUCCCUUUAAUAAGCUAAAACUUGUGAACUAUCCCUUUAAUGUUGCCUCAGCAGAGAUAUUACUUACACUGUCCAAUUUUACAGCAAAAUGCAGGCUACACACUUGGGGCCUGGAGUUCUUAGUAUUUGCUGUUGAAAAUAUAACCCAAAUGUGAUUUACACCUGCUUAGGUGCUCUCCGUUCUGCACCUCACCUGGGACACCCAGUGUCAGUCAGGGAAAUAUGUGAAUUUCGGAGGUUUUUCCACAUUGACUGGGUCAGAAUUGUUUUUCAAAGUAAGGCACUGUAUUUACAGGGUUUUAGUUGUCUCUGGAAAAAAUAAUAAAUACCCUGAUUUAAGGACUGGGAUAUGUGGUGACCACAUGUUCACUAAUGUAGCCUACUUCAUUGAUACAGUAAGGGUGUGGAUUGGCAACUCCAACUCUCUCCUGGCUCAACUUGUUUAACCCCUAAGUCAUGUUUGUGCCUUCUGCCUGCAAAUGGUAUGUGCUGAAACCUUUUCUCAAUGCAUAAAUAACUUUUACGAGUUAA